UCGCUGCUGCGGAUCCUCCUCCAGAAGAAGCUGUCACAAUGUAAACAGCGCUCCUCCAUGAGGAUCCUCCAGCUCCAGCCCCGGACCUGAUUUGAUGUUGCUGUUGUCAGCAUGGCUUCCAGCUCCGGCAGCUUCGCUCCUCCAAAACUGUCCGACUUCAUCCUCACCGAGCGGCUGGGCAGUGGAACCUACGCCACGGUCUACAAAGCCUACAGGAAGGGGGACAGUCGGGAGGUGGUGGCGGUGAAAGUGGUCUCGAAGAAGUCUCUGAACCGAGCGUCUACAGAGAACCUGCUCACAGAGAUAGAGAUCCUGAAGACCAUGCGCCACCCUCACAUCGUGCAGCUCAAAGACUUCCAGUGGGAUGCGGAGAACAUCUAUCUGAUCCUGGAGUGGUGCUCUGGUGGAGAUCUGUCCUGCUUUAUUCGAAGUCGCCGGAUUCUACCUGAGACUGUGGCCCGACGCUUCCUGCAGCAGAUCGCCUGUGCCCUGCAGUUUCUUCAUGAGCGGAACAUCUCUCACCUGGACCUGAAGCCUCAGAACAUCCUGCUCAGCGGCUCCAUCCUCAAACUGGCAGAUUUUGGCUUCGCUCAGUACAUGUCCCCGUGGGACGAGCAGAGCGUCCUGAGAGGCUCUCCUCUCUACAUGGCUCCGGAGAUGGUGUGCCGCCGGCAGUACGACUCCAGGGUGGAUCUGUGGUCCGUGGGGGUCAUCCUCUACGAGGCACUUUUUGGGCGAGCACCGUUUGCAUCCAGAUCAUACGCUGAACUGGAGGAGAAGAUCCGGAGUAACCAACCCAUCGAGCUGCCUCCUGGGGCCCGGGUCUCCAAGAACUGCCGAGACCUUCUGCUGCGGCUGCUGGACAGGAACCCAGACGCCCGCAUCACCUUUGCAGAGUUCUUCCUCCACCCUUUUGUGGAUAUGGAGCACAUGCCGAGCGCAGAGAGCCUGGUGAAGGCGCGAGGCAGUUUGCACUCAGGGAUUCCUCUUCCUGUUCCCUCUCUUCAGAAGGAGAUGGUCCUGCAGGCCGUUCAGAAGGACCAGGCGGGCGAGCGGGACGCCGCGCUCUGUCUCUACUGCAGCGCCCUGGAGCACUUUGUCCCCGCUAUCCACUACGAGACGGAGCGGCAGCGUAAGGAAGCCCUCCGGCAGAAGGUCCGUCAGUACGUGUCCCGAGCCGAGGAGCUGAAGGCGCUGGUGGCCUCGGACAACAGGCUGAGCUUUGAGGAGGCCCGCACCUCGAGGGAUAUCCUCCGAGAAAUGUCUCGAGACAAACCCCGGCUGCUGGCUGCUCUGGAGGCGUCCUCUGCUGCCAUCGCUAAGGAGGAGAGUGGGUCGGGGGAUCAGGAGGCUCUGGAUGCGUACCAGCAGUGCUUAGGAGAACUCCUGUUGGCGCUGGCAGCCGAGCCGCAGGGCCGCCGCAGAGAGCUGCUCCACAGCGAGAUUCAAAGCCUCAUGAGCAGAGCUGAAUACCUCAAGAAGAAUAUCAAGAUGCAGGAGACUCAGAGCGACGCGUCCCUGGAUCGGGAGUCUUUGGCAGACUCUGUGCGAAGCUCUUGCUGUCUGCAGUGAGCCCGACGGCCACCGUGGGAACAGAUGCUGCUCGGCGUUCAGACUGUACACACUUCACCUGAUCACCCCCACCCCCUCCUCCUCCCACUCUGACCAACCUGAGCGCUGCUGGGUGGGAUAUCCCAGCUGCUGCCAGAUGUGGUCAAUGCCGUGGUUGUUCCUGCAAAGUUGUGUUUGGCAGGUCGAGAGCUCCUGCUUUCUGAGGAGGGACAGAAACCUCUGACUGGUGAAACAUUGGAAGUUGCUCUGGAUUUUUUUGUUUUUAUUAUUUGCACACUGGCGAAUGUGAGUUCCCUGUAGCCUCAAACCCCCCCUCCUCCUCUUCCUCCUCCUCACACACCAUUCAUAUGUAAAUGCUGGACAGCUUGUAUGACAAUACCUCUCUGUGAUGGUAAACGAGUUACACAGAGACCGGUGCAUUAUUCAGAGUACACUGUGACAAUACAAUAGAGUAGUACUAGGAUAUUACAGGCAGGAGCAUACUCUUUGUUUCAUAUUGGGGUAUUUUGCUGCCCGGUGGAAAGAAAACAUGAGAAAUACACAUCAAGGUGUUUACUGUACUGACUUUUCUCUGUUUACAUCUGCAGAUUCCUCUUAAAUCAGCCAAGAUGUAGCCUAAAAUAAGCCUUCAUUUGCAUAUUUGAACAUUUCUGGGAAAACUUGUAACACAAAAUACAAUUGUCUGUAAGUUAAUAAUAAGUUUCAUGUUGACAUGAAGUAUGUCUUUUGUCAGACUCCAGUUCAGUAGCACCUACAACUCUACACUCUGCAGUUUCAUUACGUCUAUGUUCAGGAGGUUUUUACUCUGCCUUGUUCACUUUAUGCCUGAUUUAUAUUCAUUUAAUUCCUGAAAAUGUGGAAAAAGCGAUCUUUUUAUGGCAGCAUGUUUUGAUUUACUGAGUGAGUGAUACCAAGAGAUGUUAAUAACGCCCUCUGUAAAAACCUUUGACUUGUAUAUUUCAACAAAAUAACCCCAAAGGGAUUCAGAUCUAUGUCUAUUCGAUGGUUUUUACAGAGGGAUUUGAUCACUGCUUGAAGAAGAAUAACCUUUAUUUAUCGCCACAGGGGGACAUUCGAGUCCCUAAACAGACCGUGCCACUGCCUGAUUUAUAUUACACUUUCUUCCUAAAAACGAGGGAAAUUAAUAUGUUUACGUUUCUUUUUGAUUAUAAAAUAAAUCUGUAAAACAAAAUGCAUAUUUAAUCAUAGACUUACAGAAAACUUGAAAGAAAUACUGCAAGUUAUCAAGUUUCCUGGUGAAGUCUAUAGUCAGCUUUUACCCUGUUCACCUGCAGCAUCUUGCAAAAUAUAUGCAAUUAUAAAAUCACCUUUUUCCUCAAAAUAAGAGCCAAAAACCUCCACUUCAGUAGCCCCUGCGCACACCAGAUUCUUGAGUUUCGUUCCCGUAAAUAUUUAGAGAAAUGUGUCCAGAGGAAUGUAUAUCAUUCAUAGCCCGAUGUUCACCCUAAAGUAUGCUGAAAUGAUCUGUCUUUUUGCACUGUGAUGAUAAUAUAUAUUAAAAUGCCCUCUGUAAAGGAAAAGGAAAAUCAAGGCAUUUCUGUUCUGAAAUGCCUACAAAUUAGUCUGAAUCUAAUUAGUAAACGCCUUAUUUGCAUAUUUAAUCGGGAACUUGUAAUACAAAAAAAGGCUAAUUUACUGAACCCUAACCCACUGGAUUCAAGAUUCAUAGUGAUAUCCAUUACUUUACAUUUUCACCCCAUCACUUUUGCAUUAUUAAGUAUAUCAUAUCUCUGCCUCUGCACCCCCGUCCCCCCCUCCCUGCGGCUCACCACAGGCUCACCAUGCUCUCUGCCUUAUUUACACUAGACCUGCACUUUCUUAGGUUUGGCACCGGCUGAGUAUUUGAGGGAUUCAGGGAGUCGGAGCCUUCAUAAGCAGCCGCUGUUGUAGGUCUGCACGCUCUCCAAACUUUGUGAAUAUCAUUAUCAAGACGAUUGGAGGAAAAGUAAAGACGUGUGAGCUGGUGAGAAAUCCUCCCUGCUGUGUUGUUGUUUAUACAGCUGUGAUUUUUGUAUUUUGUGUAUUUAUUGAAAGGGAAAUAAAAUGUGAAGCGUC